CCGAAGCUGAACCGCGCUAUUCCAAUCUGGCGCUAUGUCGGUCGGUCAGUCUGGGACGGAGUUGUCUUUUGGUGUUAUUAAGGAUAUUCUAGAGGACCCGUCAGGCUUUUCUCUAGCUAAACUAAAGGCAACUGCGGAGGCUAUUGAACUAAGAGAUAAAAAAAGUUUGAUUGAUGUUGCUUUACGGGGACGUAUGCUGUGUCUACUUGCCUCAGACUCCAUGGAUGAUGUGAAAACGCUUUUAAAAAUGGGUGUUGCGGCGGCCUUAGCGAAUUUGUGCUCUGCGCCGACUCCAUUUUUGUUAUUCGCGGAUGUUUUUAACACCAAACCAAUAUCGCUUUGUGAAGAAAUGUUUGGAUUUAUGGAGGAAACAAUCAUCACUUUGAAGGAUGUACCCUUAUUUGCUUCAGGAAGAAAUACAUUAUUAAGAAUGUGUAAUGACCUCCUUAGACGCCUGUCAAAGUCACAGAAUACUGUUUUUUGCGGCCAAAUUCAACUCUUCUUGACGCGUUUAUUUCCAUUAGAUGAAAAGUCUGGACUAAAUUUUAUGAGCAACUUUAACUCAGAAAAAGAUGUGCUGUACAACAAAAAUCCCGACCCAAGUGCUUUCAAGCAUCAGGUGUCUCACGAUCAUACAUCUGAUGAUUUGGAAGAGGGGGAGAUGACUGAUUCAUCUACUCCCUUAGAAGUGGAUGCCGGUCUUUAUGUCAAAUUUUGGUCUCUUCAGGAGUUCUUUAAGUCUCCAGCUUUGUGUUACGAGAAAGCUAAGUGGAUGCGUUUCACAAGUAGCACAGACACAGUGUUAGAUGUGUUUUCGAGUAUUAAAUUAAUGGCAAUAGAAGAAGGCGAUAUUUGCUCUCAGAGUAGCAGCGGAACGUUUUCCAAGUACCUUACAAGCGAGAAACUGCUGGAUUUGCAACUUAUGGAUCCUAGUUUCCGGCGGUAUAUACUUGUUCAGCUACUAAUCCUGUUUCAAUAUUUAACAACUACAGUUAAAUUUAAAACAAUUGAUCAAGUACUUAGUGAGGAUCAGCGCGCUUGGGUUAAUCAAAGACAUGAAGUAGUAUUACGACUGUUAUCCUCUAAUAGUCCAAACAAUUCUUCGGGUGGUACGUUUGUUUCUACAGUAGAACGCAUUCUGGAACGUGAAAGUUAUUGGAAUAGAUGGAAGAACGAUGGAUGUCCUUCAUUCGUACGAAAUCCUGAAAAAUCUAGGUUAUCUGUUAGGAAAAGGCAUAUAAACCCUUUAGUUACUCGUACUGGUCAGAAAGUUUAUCGUUUUGGUAAUCGAGAGCUAGAUAAAUUAUGGAAUGUAUGUCCGGAUAAUUUAGCUGCUUGUCGGGACAAACGGCGAGUUUUCAAUCCAGAUCUUCAUUCCUAUUUUCAAGAUGCUAUCAUGGAAAUGGACCCAGCGGAAAAAGUUGAAGAGGAAUACAAAUCGAUUAAUAAAGAUGAAUGGAGCUGGCGCGCUCUUCGUUUUCUUUCAAGAAAGUGUCCACAUUUUUACAUCAACUGGAACCCACCUGGACGACCUGUAAAGGACUAUUUAUCAGUUAUUCUCACUGAGAAAAUUCAAUCUGAGGAGGAUAAAAAGGGUCCCACUAAUAAUGUUUCUGAUUGUGACAAUCGUCGUGGCUCUGAUGGCAGUAUUGGCGACUCCAUACCCAAUAAACAACCUAAACUGGAAGAAUCAGUUGAUUCAACAAUUCUAGAUUCUACUGUAAAGUCUUCCAGCUUGUCACGUACCCGAUCAGUUCCGAAUACCAAGCAGUCACAGGAACAUACCUUAACUAAAGGUCAAACAAAUGCCAAGUCAUAUGGUAGCCCAAUGAGAACUCGGUACCGUGAUACAUCAACAGCAAAUAUUACUCGCUAACUGGUCGGAAAAAUCACAGUGGAUGGAGUUGAUACAGCCUCAGGGAGUGAUAAUGAUGCCAACGGUGAAAAUGAUAGUGAAUCUGGUUCCAUUACUGAAUAACUGUGUGCAUCAGAACAUUGUAAUUAUAGAUCAAAAUUUUGUUUCAUCAUUUAUAAGUAGUAUAUGUAGCUAUGCAAAAAUAAAUUUUUUGUUUCGCUUCUUUUUUUUCCAAAUUCCCUCGUGUUUUUGUAAACUUGUGUCUUUAUUUUUCCAUCUAUUCACGCCUAGAAACAGCCAUUGUGAAUAUUUAUCAUGUUUGUGAAUAAAUGUGUAUAUUUAUCAACAUUGUUUUAAUUUGCUUGUUUGUUUUCAAGACAUGUUUUG